UGUCCUCGUCUGAUUUCAUAAAAGCCACAGCAGGGAAUAGACACAUUUGUAGCACAGCACAAAUGCUUCUAGUGCUAGCCAGAAAUUCUUACUAAAAGGACAAAGUGACUACAGUAUAUCCACAAUGCAGCUUGUCCUCUUGUCCAUAUGUCUCUCCAUCGUCUCCUUGGAGGUAGCAUCAGCUUCAGAACCGUACUAUGCAGUCACAGUACCUGCCCAGAUGUUCUACCCAUCAAAGGAGAGAGCAUGUAUUACUAUCCUGAAUCUAAAGGGGGAGCUGCAACUUAAAAUGGAGUUAAAUAGAGAGCAGAAUAGUGUGUUGGUGGCAGAAGACACAAUAAACAAGCCUACAUAUUUUCAAUGUUACUCUUUUGAGCUCCCCACUGUAGUGGAUGAGGAAGAGGUUUGGUUCUUUCAUGUUUCUGCUCAUGGAGACACCUUAAACAUCAACCAAACCAAGAAGCUUAUACUUCUAAAAGGAUCUCAUAUGACUUACAUCCAGACUGAUAAACCCAUCUAUAAGCCUGAUCAGAGAGUGAAUUUCCGUAUUAUAACCCUGGACAAGAAUUUCCAUGCUAAAAAUGACAAGUAUCCACUCGUGGAACUUAUUGAUCCAAAUGAUAAUCGUAUUCAGCAAUGGCUGGAUGUCUCUCCACACCAAGGGAUUGUAGAUUUAAGUUUUCCUUUGCCAAAUGAGCCGCCACUAGGAGAUUACACCAUAAAUAUUCCCAAAGUCUACAAAACAACAUUCUCUGUAUCGGAAUAUGUUCUAAAGAAAUUUUACAUUAGCACUGAUAUUCCAAAAACUGUAAGAGCACUGGAUAAAUCCUUGAACAUGAAAGCAUGCGGAAGGUACACUUAUGGAAAACCAGUUUCAGGAACCAUUAAACUUUUAGUCUGUAAACAACAAAGACCAUCAUUUCGUCAAUAUUUUGCAGGUCUUGGUCAGGAAGAACAAAAUUGCCAAAAUGUAACAAUGCAUACUGAUGACAAAGGGUGUCUAUCAAGAGAGAUGGACCUCGCGUUUUUCAAUAUGUCAAGUACAAAAAAAUAUGAUUAUUUCACUGUCUCAUUUACACUGACAGAGGACAUAUCAGGAGACACUGCACAAGAAUUAUCUUUAACCUUCAUUGUCUCUAAUCCAAAAAUGGAUUUUGAAAGCGUUCCCAAAUUUUACCAAAAAGGAAUCCCAUUAACUGUCAAGCUCAUAGUCUCGGAUGUACAGGAUCAGCCAGUGGCAAAUAAAACUGUUUACAUCGUAUUGGGCUUUGAAGAAGAGGAUGCACACCUGACGUCAGUGACAGAUGAAAAGGGAAUAGCAGUCUUCACUGUGGACACCUCAACGUGGGAUAACAUGGUGUCCGUGUCUGGAAGGUUCUCUCUGGAAGAAAUAGAUGAGGAAUAUGUUUCAAAUGUUUUUGUUUGGCUGCAUCCACUCUACUCUGAAAGUAACAGCUACCUUACUGUAGGAACAAAUACCCCUGGAUUAUCAUGUGACCCUGAUCAGUAUCUAACUGUGGAAUACUAUAUCAAUACUGCAGAGCUCAAUCUAGUCGAUAAACAACUCCAUUUCUUCUACUUUUUCAUGUCGAAGGGGGUCAUUUUAACCAAUGAUCAAUACUAUUUAGAUAUUAGACAACAAUCCUGGGGCUCUGUACUACAAGGAAACUUUACACUGAAGAUUCCAAUAGAUGUUGAGUAUUUUCCCACCUUGACUUUUGUUGUUUACACAAUAUUGGACAAUGGGGAUAUUCCAUCCAAUACAAAAGAGUUUAAAAUACCUCUAUGCCUAAAGAAUAAGAUCAAGCUUAAGUUUGCUAAAGAAGAAGUCCAGCCAGGAGAAAAAGUAAACCUGGAGGUUCAAGCUGAACCCGGAUCCCUCUGUUCCUUGCGUUCAGUGGAUAAAGGAUUACUACUGCAUAGGGAUAAUCAAUAUUUACUUGACAACACCAAGUAUUGGUUUUAUGGGAUGUCAUAUGUUCUCUCGGUGAACAAGCGAGGAUGGCCUUAUUCAAUUGAGGAUUUUGAAAAAUAUCCUUGCUUGAGAAACGAGCAAGACCCACAGGCCGGACUACAAGAGGCAGCAUGGUACCACGGGGAUGCUGAUGUGUACAUGAUGCUGAAGCAAAGCAACCUAAAGAUUUUUACAAAUACAAAGAUAAGAAAACCUGUAGUUUGUGCAUCUCCAUCCGUUAUAAGACGCAUUGCCAAACAACCGCAUAAGAAGGUAGAGACACAGAAAUCUCAUGAUUCAAAACAUGAAGAAAAGAAAACUAAGUCUGUGAAAAGAACAAUUUUCCCAGAAACAUGGCUAUACGACUUGGUUUCAGUGGGUCCACAAGGACACACUGAACUAAGCCUGACUACACCACAUAGUAUCACAACAUGGGAAACUGAUGCAUUCUGCCUGGGCAAGUCUGGUUACGGGGAAACCAGUGGAGUGGGACUCACCACCUUCCAGCCUUACUUCAUUGACCUGAUUUUACCUUUCUCUGUGGUCGAAGGAGAGGAAUUUACCAUUACUGCAUAUGUUUUUAGCUACCUAAAGUCUUGCAUGAAGGUAUUUGUGUCUCUUUCUGACUCAAAGAAUGGCCUGACAAAUGGGAACAUAGAGCAGUCACAAUGUGUCUGUGAAGAUCAGACAGUCAGCUUUACAUGGAAUGUUUCCUCUUCAAAACCAGGAAAUCUUAAGGUCCAUGUGAGCAGUACGUUUCUACAGCUUCAAGGAGGCUGCAAAGACCAACCCCAAAUUACGGGAAAGGAUAGCAAAAAAGACAUUCUUGAGAAAACCAUCAUAGUAAAGCCCUCUGGAAUUUUAAAGGACAACACACAAACAUUUUUACUGUGUCCAUCAGGUGACAGUUUGAGAAGAACGGUAACAUUGGAAGUUCCAGAGAAAGUAGUGCCAGGCUCGGAUCAAGCCCUAAUCACUGUUUUUGGUAACAUAAUGGGCAGCGCCAUUGAUAACAUCGGAGAGUCCCUGAAACUUCCAAGUGGAUCUGGAGAGCAGAAUUUGAUGAAUUUUAUUCCAAUUUCUUAUAUUGUAAAAUAUUUGGAGAGCACCAAGAAACUAACACCUAAAAUAAAAGAAAAAGCUAGCACUUAUCUAACCAAAGGUUAUCUUAGUAUGCUGAUGUUUAAGAAAGAUGACGGUUCUUACAGCGUCUACCAUGGGAACCGUGGUAGCAUCUGGCUCACCGCCUUCACAGUGAGGUCCUUCAGUCACGCACAAGACCUUAUUUACAUCCAGGAGAAGCAUAUUCAGGAUGCGGUAAAAUGGCUCACUAGUUUGCAGCUGCCCAAUGGAUGCUUCGAAGAAGUUGGUAAAAUCUUUAACAACUACUUGAUGAGAGAGGACAAAGACAAUGUUACAAUUACAGCAUACAUAACUAUAGCCCUGCUGGAACAUGGCCACUUUUAUCAUGGUUCGGUUGUUGAGAAUGCAUUGAAGUGUCUGAAGAACGCGGUCAAUGAUGUGACAACCACCUACACGCAGGCUCUCCUCGCCUAUGUGUUUACUUUGUCAGGUGACAGUGAUCUAAGAAAACACAUGCUGGAAACCUUGGAUAAGGCUGCUAUAAAGGAAGAUGGGAGCAAGCACUGGGCAGCCAAUAAAUGGAAUAAAGGAGAUGUUGAGGUUUCCUCAUAUGUUCUCCUUGCACUACUUUCGGACCAAACUACUUCACAAAGAGAUGUUGAGGAGGUUUCUCCUAUAGUCAGCUGGAUUAUCAAACGGCAGAGACCAUCUGGUGGCUUCCUUUCUACUCAGGAUACAGCGGUAGCGCUUCAAGCAUUGACAAAAUAUGCUAAAGCAACUUACACAGACAUUCUGGAUGUAUCUGUGUCAGUCCGGUCCCUGUCUGGGUUUCAUAAGCAAUUUCAUGUGGACAACAAGAACAGUCUCCUUAUACAAAGAGAGAUAUUAUCAGAUAUACCUGGAGAGUACACGCUGACAGCUACAGGAACUGGUUGUGUAUACAUACAGACACAUUUGAAAUACCAUACGACUGUCACCAAAUCUGACGCCUUCUUCAUCCUCAAAGCCAGUGCACAGCCAUCAGUUCACACUAUUGAAGGAAGGACAGAAUUGGACCUACUAGUAGAAGCCAGUUAUUCAGGUGAAAGGAACAUAACCAAUACAGUAAUAAUAGAGGUACAACUUCUAUCAGGGUUUGUUCCCAACAAAGAAAGUGUGGAAAAGUUAAAAGAGAACCAUAUUGUGAAAAGAACGGAACUUACACCUGAUAAAGUUAUAAUUUACUUGGAUAAGCUCACCCAUGAAACUGAGAGUUUAAGAUUCUCCAUCCGGCAAGAAUUAUUUGUUAACAAUCUACAAGCUGCAAACGUGAAGAUUUAUGACUACUAUGCCCCAGAUGAGAAUGCAGUGACCGACUACAAUUUCCCCUGCAGUACAAGUACUUAAUAAAGGCAUAUGAUGAGAAAGAAAAGGACCUUUAAAACCACACGCAACUGAAGGCAUUAAUUAGUACUAUGAAGCUUCCAUUGUAUUUCUCCCCCCCCAAAAAAAAUAAAAUAUAUA